AUGGAUUCCCCAAAGCACCGAUGCCAGAUCAUUGGAAAGGAGAGAAGAAUCUUUACUGUGCCGGAUUUUAAAGAAAAGGAAUCGUCGGAGGUGCCGAGGAUGCUAUGUCCAUCGCCGACGACAUCAGAUCUAUCUUGGCUACCAUAA